CAGCAACAUUAAAAUCAUCUCGAGUGACGUAUGAACGGCAGAAGAAACGAAAACGAAAAAGCCUUUCUGUGCCGUUGUUAUCUUCUAAAAUUCCCGAAGAAUGGAUACAAAUGGCCAGGCUAACGGGCUUAAAUCAAAAAAGAAAGAGAACGGAGACGGCAAAGAUAAUUUAUGGUCUGCUAUAUUAGAAGAAGUCCAGAAUCAAGGGAACACAAAACUACCGUCAAAUAAAAAUGUCUUAGUACUGGGUGACAACGAAACUGGAAAAACUACCCUAGUGGCAAAGUUGCAAGGUGUUGAAGACCCAAAGAAGGGGUCUGCACUCGAAUAUGCGUAUAUAGAUGUUAGAGAUGAAUAUCGCGAUGAUCACACUCGGCUCAGUGUUUGGGUGCUGGAUGGUGAUCCAGGUCACACUAAUCUACUCAAGUUUGCGCUCAGUGAGGAAACAUUCCCACACACCCUAGUUAUACUCACUGUGGCCAUGACCACACCAUGGGGUAUACUAGACCAGCUCCAAAGCUGGGCUUCUGUACUUGGAGACCAUAUAGACAAAUUAAAUUUAACACCUGAACACAGGUUACAAAGUAAAAAGCAACAAGUCCAAAAAUGGCAGAGGUAUACGGAGCCAGGAGACGAAAUGGAAGCGUCAGCUUCUUCGCCUAUGAAAAGAUCAUCUAGAAACUUGUCGGAUGAUCUUGAAAAUGGCGAUGAUGACGACAGCCCCCUGCCGGAAGCAGUACUUACUACUAAUUUAGGUCUAGAUAUAGUGGUCGUUGUUACCAAGACUGACUACAUGAGCACUCUGGAGAAGGAGCACGAUUACCGCGACGAGCACCUUGACUUCAUGCAGCAGUGGAUCCGCCGGUUCUGUCUGCAGUACGGAGCCGCCUUGUUCUACACCAGCGCCAAGGAGGACAAGAACUGUGAUCUGCUGUAUAAGUAUCUGACGCACAGGAUAUACGGUCUACCGUUCAGGACGCCGGCGCUAAUUGUAGAGAAAGACGCGGUUUUGAUACCAGCCGGCUGGGACAGUAUGAAGAAGAUUAGCAUACUAUAUGAGAACAUGCAGUCAUGUAAACCUGACGAUUACUAUAGGGAUAUUAUUGUUCAGCCCGCUACACGCAAAAGCGGGGGCAGUCGCGAGGCGGAGGUUCAGGCGGAGGACGAGCAGACGUUCCUGCAGCGGCAGGUGGCGGCGCUGCACGCGCUGGGCGCCGCCCCCCCGCGCGCAGACUCCCCGCUGCGCGCCUCGCCCCGCCCGCACCAGUCAGAGAUCGCGAGGAUCGGCGUGAGUCCGGGCACGCCGGGCAACGAGGGCGUGCUGGCGAACUUCUUCAACUCGCUGCUGUACAAGAAGACGGGCGGCGGGGGCGGCGGCGCGCGGGUGGACGGCGCGGGGGGGGCGGCCGCCGCGCGCUCCGACGCCGCCGCCGAGCUCGACCGCCUCACGCGCACCAAGCGGAGCCCGCUCGACCUCAACUCGUCCGACUGCUAGGCGAGCGCCGCACGCUGCUAGGUACAUAAGUGAACUUUUGGACGCCCACAGAAGCGUCCCCACCGCCGGGAGCGAAGCUUGCGCACGCGCCGCGUCCCCCGCCCGCCGCGCCCCCCCGCCGGCGCCCCCGGGCGGCCGUCGAGCUCACUCGGUUUUGGUUCAGACAGAGAUUAACGUUCUAUCAAAUUUGAAAAAAUUAGUAUUCGUGACGUCACGGUUGUGUAAACAAAAAUGAAAUUUAAUUUGUAAAACUCCUUUUCAGUGGAGCUUGUUUUAUUGUGUACUUUUGAAGGCAGCUCAGAUACGACCGUGACCGAGUGAUCUCAACGCAGCCACGGGACUUUCGAUCGAAUAUAAACACUAAUACGGUGCAAACCGAUUUAGCAACCAGCAAGUGAAAUUGUAUUGUUUAUUUAUGAGAUACUAAACAUAUGGGAAGGCAAAGGAGUGCUUUAGAAAAAAAAAACGUUUAGGUAUGACUUCCAUAAAAGAAGUGAUAACCCGUUAUUACUAUUUAAAAUCUUUCACAUCGGCACUUUAUGCAGCAUCACAAAUCUCCCGUUGCCUACUGAACCCUGGCGCUCCCGACCCGAUCGAAAUCUUCAUAAUAACCAACGGAUUUUAUUUUUGAAAUAUUUGUUUAUGAUAUUACAAAAUAAGUAUUUAUUUAUUUACAUAGAACAAGUUUGGAAACGUGCACUGUAUUUUUUUUGUUUAGAUAAUUAUUACGUUAAUUAUUAAUAUUUUCAUCUGAGAUUAAGAAGUUCGUGUGUGUGAUCUUCUGUGAAGACUGUUCAAUUAUUGGACUAGUAAGAAUUGUGCACAGCGGAGUCGCUCGGGCGCAACCAUCGCCGCGAAAGUGGUCUUUGUUAACGUGACGUUCUAAAUUCGCGAAAAUAAAGUAUUUAAGAUAAUCUCUACUUCGGAUUUAGUAGAUACUGGAUAGUAUUCUUUUAGUAGGCAAAUAGAAAGACAUGAGUGAACGAAGGGGAUAUGAUACAAUCUGUUAAUUUUGAUAAAACUGGCAACACACUUUUGUUACUUAUUUUUGAGAUAUUUAUUCGUUCGUGGCUGUUAUUUUUAUUGUUUUAAAUGUGAAAUUAUAGCACUUCGAUUUAUUUACCAAUAUGGAGAAAGAAAAUGAAAAAAAAAGAAUAAGAAUAUUGUUUUAUUAAUAAAAAUACUUUAUGUGCCCAUGUCACUUUCAUUCAACGUGAUACUUUUUUCUUCGUCACGUGCGAUUUCUAAAAAUAGCCUUUAAACCUGGAGAUUCAAGGUCUAAUAUGGUUUAUGGGAACAUAACACCUUCAUUCAAUGUAAAAAGUCAAAAAUCUUAAAAAUGGUACUUAACCCCUCCACACACUCGUGUCUUCAAUUCGUAAUUACAUUGUACAACGAGCAAUGUACGUAUUCCCAAAAGUGAAGGUGGCUGGUAGAACUGCUGAUACGACACCACUAAAAUUAUGCUCGAAACCUAUAAGUGGUUUAUAGGCAUUGUUCGGAACGUAACACUGUUAAUAAUUCAGCUGACGCCCGGAAUAAUUUGCAUUACAUUGCCAGUUAACUAAUUAUAAAUUUGUUUAUGCCUAUUUUGGUGGAUGAAGGUAGUUUUCAAUUUUUAUACGGCUUUACUUUUUACGCUCUAUGUACGUUUAAGUAACCAAUCGAUUGCACAGUUACAUAACACAAGAAGAGGGUGCUGAGAUGUUUGGGUAACCAAGAAAAUCCUUAAAAAAAUAAUAUUUAUUACAGAAAAAACCAGUUUCCUUUGGUCUUUCAAUAUAAAUGUCACGUUAAUAUAGACGAUUUUAUAUAUUACUUAUUGCGUUUUUAUUAAUAUGUAUAUUUGCUCAUGUGUGUUAAUUUAUUGCUUUUCUCUUGAUACAUCAGAUUGUAAUGGUGACCUUUACUGUGUAUGUAAUCGAAAUUAUCGUAAAUUUUAAAUGUGUUAUAAUAAAUUUAUUUAUUGGAGAUUAUUUAAAAAAAAACACCAAUCCAUACUGUAUACUGUGCGAGUGUUGUGAGAAUGAAAAAAAUGAUGUUCAAACCUGGUGCAAUACUGAACAUUCCAAACUUGGUUUGGUGCUUAUUACUCUAGUAAAAAAAAACACUGAAUUACAUUUGAAGUUUCAUUUAAUAUUCUUGCCCUUUUAGCUCUCUCGAAACUUAAAGGUCACUAUUAUUUUCUUUGCUCAGUUUAUUAACCCAUUAAAAUAUCGUAUUGUCUAAUAGAAAUAAUUUAAUGUAAGGAAGAGUAUUAAAGGUUAAGUGAAAAUACCGGGAUCAUAACGUGUUAGGCGUAAAAUUAAACGCUAAGGCAGGUUUCUGAACGAAUUGCUGAUUUUCACAUAUAAUGCAACAAUCGAUUAAACAAUCUCUUUUAUUGUUUGCUAAACAACUUAAUGAUAAUCCACAGUCGAUACAGCAACACACAGUAGGUAAUGCGUAAUCGUUUCCAGUCAAAACAUGAAUUAUCAGAAUGUGGAGAGCUUAAGUUUUCCAAUUAGCCAAGGUUAGUAAGGAGACCGAUUUGUAAGCUAAAAGGAAACGACCUAAAUUAUCAAUCACUUCACGAACGAAUUGUCUGCUACCCACGCCAAAGCGGCUAGAUUAGACCGAGACCGCGGGAGAGUCCUAUUGGCAUUGGGAAAAUCUAUCCAUCACGUAUCAACAGAGAGGCGAGCACGAAUGACUAUCGAAAAAGUAUCCGUGUCGCUAUCGGGAAAAAAUGUAUAGAAUUUAAACAGCGCCCCUACCAUUCGUAAAAACAAUUAAUUUGAGCAGCACGAAUGAAUUUACUCACCUUCGUUUCGCAAUCGAAUCGACACGUUCUCGAAACUCGAUACUUAUACUCAUAAUCGAGAACACGAAAAUUGUUUUGACAUACGGUAAUGUAAAUCUCGAAGGCUCGCUAUCGAGUACUACCAUCUAAUGUAAUGAUCCGUUAUACAUUUACAUAACGAAUUCGAUAGAUUUUCGUGCUGGACGUACUAGGUCGAGCAUCGCAACCACUACUGUCUUAUUUUUCGGGAACGUACCGUUAUAGGCAGCCGGCUGUAUCGUGUGCAACAAAACGAGACUGGAAUCAUUGCGAUUUGAAACGCUUGUUAAUCGCGAGCCAAGGCGUCAUGAAAUUUGAUGAGGUUGGAUCGUGUUAUAUGACUUACUGUAUAAUGGUCUUUAUAUAAAAUAUGUACUUAAUAAAUUAACAAUGCAAUUCACGUAAAAAACGAUGUCUAUAAUAAACGGCAAAAGCAUAGCUUUUUAUAAGUAUUUAUAUCAAAAUAACUUGGGAUUUACAAAUUAAUUUAUUAAUAAUUGUUAGCCUAACUAUAAUUGUUAGUAUAUCAUAUUUGAUGCGUGAUUCUUGCAGACUCGCCUUAGAACUAACUCGGGGUUAUUAUCAAAUCGAAAUGAAUUUUCAAAGUGUCAACAUACCGAGUAUUUUGUUUUGCUCAUUUUAAAAUAUUAGUAGUGAUAAUACUUCUGAAAAACAGUUUCUAAAUUAAUAGUUGUUUGUUUAAUUGAAAUUUUAAUUAAGGUUGGUUUUAUGAAUUGUUUAUCUAGACGACAUGAUGUCGUAUUGGUAACACAGCUGAAGUUUAAUUGUGAAACUUUCGAAGGACAUAAAUUCGUGAUUUCUUUAUCAUUAUGAAAGUCUGUCGAGAAGGAAAACGCUUAUAUUAAUCGUAAAAUUGUAAAACAAUAAAAAAAAGAAAUUUUGAUACGAAACGUUUGUACGACUGACGAGAGGCAUGGCGCGACUUAGCUGAUAGGCUUUGUCUAUUUUUCUAUAGAGGAUCAAGUUAAGUGGCUAAAUAUACUGAUAUAAAAUUCUGGGCUUUGAAAAUAGCAAAAUCCUAAGCUGAUAUCGGACUACAGGAUUAUAAAAUACCUUUGUUCCAAGGGGCUCAUAUUUGUCUAUCGCUUAUGCUUUAAAUAAUAAUAAAAUAUAACAAAAACGCCCACAGAAAAAUAACCUUACCUUGAACGGUAAAUAACAGCUUAAAAACAAACUUGAAUCGCCAAGCUUUCCCAAUUUAUUGCGGAGCUAUGCUAGUGGAAUGGGAUGAUUCAUAAGCUAUUUGGAUUUUUUAUAAUUAUUUUUGAAAAACCGAUGCAAAACUAGUGAUAAAUUAAAUUGCACAUUUUUUAAUUGAAUAAUUAAUAUUUUAAGUUCGUUCUUUAUUAAUGUCAAAACUGUAUGAUUAGAUUUCUUAAGACUAUUAAGAUUAGUGAAGUUACAAGAUAAGCGUUACAGUGUAAUGGACAUUAAUGCGUGGAUAAUGUCAUCGUCAUGAUGACAUUGCAGGUUACAAAAGCGCUAGUAUGAAACUGACGUCAAACUUUUCAAACAUACAUAUUAAAAAAAUAGUUUUACGGUAAAAUAUUUCAAUUAACCAGUUAACUGUGCUUGACGAGAAUACUCGUCAUGGAGAAGCUCCAUGGCUUUGUGUCUAUAUCUAUUUUUAAAUCUAUACAAACUAUAUAAAUUUAAUAAUAUUCAUCAUGCGUAAAGCGUAGUGUGACCAUUGGCUAUAAAAUUUUUAUUUUUUUAAUGAAAAAAAGAAACAAAUUUUCAAAUUAAAAGAUGUUUAAAAUAGUUUCAAGCCAGGCUAGAAUAAACAGAAAUAUGGCACACGGAGCGACGUGAACUAGUUAAUACGAAUCACAAAAUUGUUAAAACAACAAAUUGUACCGUAAAACUAUUAAUAUUAAUGAAAUGCUGUUCAACAUUGCUCUUUUAGGAAUAUGUUCUUUAAAAUAUAGUUCUGGUUUCACGUUUUUUUGUUUUCUACUAUUUUUUACUAGUCAAAGUAACGUUUUUUUUUAUUUGUUUUUCUUUUUUUUCUGUGAUAAGAUUUUUAGAACAAAGCGACCAAUAUUGAAUUCUUUGUUAGCCACAUAGCGUCCUCUGUUAGGCAUUCGAAUUUUCACUGUAUGAUUUGUGUUUUUUUUUUAAAUGACAUAUUAUUGAUUGUCACUGUCAGAAAACAUGGGCAAUAAUGGGCAUGUCUCGAUUUAUUUUCUCUAGGCACUUAAUUAGUGCUUUAAUCUCCGAAAUAUUAAAGAAUGUUAAAUAUUUGAAAUUCCAACUAUACAUAGAGUACCAUAAAUCGAAAACAAAAAAGACAGUUGUUGCUGCGAUUAAAACUAGUUCAAUUUCUUUUCUCUAUUCAAAUAGAUUCCGCUCCUCAUUCUGUAAUAUGAGCAUUUAAAAGACGGUGCCAAUGCCAAUGUACCCUUUCUUCAGCCGUCAUUCUUACACACGCUGUUGAAAUAAAACGUACGAGGUAGAUGCAGAUAUCAAAGCACGUGAUGUAUAGAGAUGACGUAAUGAAUAUCGUUGUUUUUUUAAACGCUAAUACGGUUUUUCUACCGAAUUUGUUAAGGCUUAGUGAUUUUAUUAUUAUAUUAUAAUAAUUAGAUUCUCAAACGAAGGUUUUUUUACGCUUCGCCGUAGAUUAAAUUCCAAUAUAUAACAUAAUCAAUUUAGUUGAAAAUAAUAUUUAAAUAAAUCUUUUAUAAUUUAAGUGAAGUAAUAAAUAAAGUAAUACGUUCAAUGAACGAUUAUAGUUGUAAUAACGUUUAAUAACGAACGGUAUUGUUUGUAAUAAAAUGAUUACAUUAAAAAAAACAGUUUGCAUCAAUAAUGUAUUUGGUGACAUCCUUGUUAUAUUUUCAUUCUGAAUAAUCUAGGAAUGUAAUUUACUAAAAGCUGCAGAAUCGGUUAGAGUAAAAUUUGGAUAAAAUAGUUCACAAUAUGACAUGAUUUUAGCCUAAAAAGUUCAGAUUCAGGCAAAGCGUAGGUUGCACGUCCGCGCUGGGCUGCACUUUAUAUGUCAAUUUUAAUGCUGCAUGCCGGAAACUUCUCGACAAGCACAGAAGCAUUAAACGCCCGAGUUUAAGAUACGCCAAACCGUCCGUAAACUAUCAGAUUUAAAAAAAAAAUCAUAUCUAUAAGAUCUUUUGUUUUGUCGGGCCUUCAGUAUGGUAGUUUUCCAAUUACAGCACAAGAGCGCAUUAUGAAAACUACCAUUAACAUGGUAGUUUCCAAUUACAGAGCAUAAUGCGGCUCAGUGACGCACAAUGCCGAAUUAUGCUGAAGCUUAGUUGAGCAUUAUGCCGCAUAAUGCGCUCUUGUGCUGUAAUUGGAAAACUACCAUUAUCGAUUAAUUGACACUUAAUAUAAUCUGUACUGGUAAAGGCCUAGCAAAAUUCAGAAUAGACCAUUAAAUGUUUCGGUUUCAAGGGCGUCACAAUUGGUAUCAGGUACGUCUUAAGGUGGGUGGCACAUUCACACAAAGAUGUUCGUGAAAAUGCGAUAUCAACCAUGAAAGUAAUUUUAAGUUCUGUAGUCCCUAUUCUGCAGCUGAAUCGCAAUCUGUUUUCACUUAUCUCUGUAAUUUAUUUUACAGGCAGCAUGAAGUGGUUAUUGUAACUUGUUUUUUUUUAAUCCCGGGAAUCGCUUUUAUAAUAAUAUGUGAAACGGCGAUACUGUACAGAAAUUAAUUUUUAAAAUAAACUAGCGCAGAAACUGUUCUGAA